CUUAUUUGUUCACUGAGUCAGUUCACUUUCUUUUUUUUCUUUCUUUUUUUUAACAAGACUGCUUCGUACAGGGGUAUGAUUAAUAUAGUAUAAAGCUUGAGAAACUUUGAUUAGGGGCUGGUAACUAAUAAUAAGCACUUACUCAGGGUGUUUGCCUUGUCUACCUAAGAGUAGUAACUUACAACUAAUUACUACUACACUCACCUCCAUUUCGGCGACCUGUGAUAUUUCAUCCCAUGUUUUUUUUUCGGGUGAGGCUCAACUCAACUCAACAUAAUAUCCACCAUAUUUCAUCUAAAUCGCCGGUCGUCGUCGCUUUAUAGCAAACACCAUAGAUGAAUAUAAAAAAUCAUCUAAACUGAAAAUAUGCAGCGAAACAUUCGGGGACCUCGGUCUGCCCUCACAGACUACCUAGCUUCCCAAAAUAUCUCGGCAAGGCAGAUCCGAGCUAAUCAUGAGGCGAGACUUAGGGCUGCUGUCGCAGACCAAGCCGCAGCAUCCUCAUCAAUAGCUCAGAACGUAGAACCUGCAGAGGCUCCAGAGACUGCUGAGAAUGAUGAAGAUGAUGCUGAGUCUUUAGUUUCUACAAGUACCCGACAAGCCACAACUCGUAAGCGCAAGUCGGCAGUUGCUGCUACAGAGAAAAUCAAGAACUCUAAACCAUCCAAGCUACGCAAGUCUCGCCGAAACGACCCGGACAACGAGUCUGACGAGGACGCACUUGAACGAAGCGCAGGUCCCAUGCCUGGCCAGCUAGCAAACUGCGAGGAAUGCCACAAACGAUUUACAGUGACUGCGUAUUCGCGUGCCGGCCCGGAAGGGGGCCUGCUUUGUCCCCAGUGCAGCAUGAAGCUAACCAAAGAAGAGAAUGCUGCUAGGGACGCUUCUAAGAAAGGCAAGCAAAAGGCCACUGGGGUUCCUAUUAAACGUGAACGAAGAAAGAUCCAGAGUCUUAUACUAGAUGGCCAGAUUGGAGUCAAGACCCUGAUGACCCUCUGCGUUGAGACGUUGGCCAACAAUAUCCAUCUUGCCGACGACCUCGGUGACCUACCUUUACCAGCUAUCGAUCGCGUUUCUAGACAUUUGUCCAAACGUCGUCUUAUGGGUCCCGACACUCUGAAUCUAUUUCUUCAGCCUCAAACUCAUGAUAUUAUGAUAUACGAUGGAGGCCGCUUGAAUUCAAAUGACUACAUGCGAAUUUUCCAGGUGUGCUCCAGUCUCAAGGCCCUGAAGCUGCGCAACGCGAUUCAAUUCAAAGAUGAGGUUAUGGAGUACUUGAUAGGAAGACACAUUGCCCUGGAAACCUUUUAUAUAUCCGGCGCAAAUCUCAUUACCGAUGAAUAUUGGGAGAAAUACCUAAAGGCCAAGGGACAGAGCCUUGAGAGCCUUCGUGUCUAUUUCACCGAUCGGUAUUUCGGUGAUAAGACUAUAGAGUCUUUACCCGGCUACUGCCCAUCUCUGAACCGACUGAAGAUUUACCACAACCAAGCUGUCACCGACAAGGGAAUAGAACACAUCGCGCAGCUUCCUCAACUCCAGCAUUUGGGGCUACGCCUUGUCAAUCAGACGCAGACAAUGCCCUAUGUCAAUGUCGUACAGAAAUUAGGGCAUCAGUUAUAUACCCUUUCUAUCAGAGAUGUUCCACAGGUUGACGAUCGCCUGCUCGACGCAAUCCAUGAUCACUGCACUCGGUUAGUUAAGCUCCGCAUUACAAAUAGCGAGGCUAUGACCGAUGCGGGCUUUGCUAGACUCUUCAAAGACUGGAAGAACAAGCCCCUUCAAAUUGUAGACUUGGAACUAUGCCGUCACGUCGACUCGUCAAAUCCCAGAUUGAACCAGCAUAUGGUCGGCUUCUGCUCGGCCGGUUUCCGAGCCUUGAUGAAGCAUUCGGGCAAACACUUAAGAAAGCUCAACAUCCAUGGAUGCAGACACGUAUCUGGCGAAGCGUUUGAGGAUGUGUUUGCCGUCGGUCAGGUGUAUCCUGAUCUCUUAGACAUGGAGAUCAGUUUCUGCGAGGAGGUAACAGACUUGAUCGUCGGGCUGAUUUUCAAAAGUUGCCCUAGACUAAAGAGACUGAACGUCUUUGGAUGCAUGAAGGUGAAGGAUGUGCGUGUCCCUAGAGGCAAGAUUUUGGUCGGUGUCCCUAAUGCGAUGGGCAUGAUCAUUGAAGGCACCGAGGAUUAAAUCGGAGAGUGUUUUAUAUUCCUUUUCACGAUACCCGACUUCAAAAGGCAUUUCAGGGGUUUGGUGUUAGGUGUUUACGGCAUUGAGUCCAGUUAAUGGUUUUUUGCGAUGAUCUCUACAUGAAGCACGAACGCCGAGAACAGGUCGUUCAGCCUAUCCAGCCAGCCUAAGGUGUGGCAGGAAUUGCUUUGCUCAGCUACGCGUGAUUUUCUCCGAAAUACGUUGCCGUUAUAAAUGGUCAAUCGAUGAGCACGUUACGGACGAUGCUACCGAAAGGUUAUUGACAAUAAUAAUCUUUCAUCGCGAGUCAACAAUCUCGAUGUGCUUUGCUGGGUUACUUCUCAGCUCAUAAUAAAUGUGCAAACAUCCAGGCAGUUAGCAAGACUUAUUGUUUGUCCGAUACCAGGAAGCACGAUAUACUAGCUUAGCAAUGCGAGUGAUUUUCUUAUAAUCUAUAAUUACACAAGACUCAUAC